UUGCCUCCUCCCUUCAUGGCCGUCGAUGCGGCUGACCAAGAGACGCCCGUCUCUGCGCCAGACAGGAAGACGAAACAAUCCAAAGAGGACGAUGAACAGCACCUCCCGCAUAACAACCUCCCCCUUGUCUUCAUCGCGCUCAUGAUGACAGCAUUCUUGGCUGCGCUAGACCAGACGAUCGUUGCGACGGCACUACCGACUAUCGUCGCGCAACUGGGCGGCGGAAAAUCGUAUUCUUGGGUGGGGAGUGCCUACUUGAUUGCUGCAGCAGCAUUCAGCCCCGCUUACGGUAAACUGAGUGACUUGUUCUCGAGGAAGAAAGUUUUAUAUCCUUCAAUUGUCAUAUUCCUUGUUGGCUCGGCCCUGUGUGGGGCGGCGAAGACGAUGACCUGGCUAAUAAUAGCUCGGGCGGUUCAAGGAAUCGGAGGGGGAGGUAUCCAACAGAUGGUACAAAUCGUCAUCGGAGAUAUUGUCAGCCUUGAGGACCGCGGCAAAUAUGGCUCAUUUAUCGGCGCCAUGUGGGGCAUAGCGGGUGUCAUUGGACCACUGGUCGGCGGAGCUCUCACGGACCAUGUCUCAUGGCGCUGGGCCUUCUGGAUCAAUCUACCAACAGGCGGCGUCGCCGGGCUCUUGCUAUUCUUUUUUCUCAAUCUCAACCCACACCACGGUCGCUCCUUCCAUGAGCAUGUACGGCAAUUCGACUUUGGCGGGCUAUUCUUCUUUGUCGGGGGAGUCGUCUGUUUGCUCCUUGGGUUCAGCCAGAGCGAAGAUGGAUGGGACCGCGCACCCACAAUUGCGCUGCUUGUUGUGGGCUUUGUGCUAAUAAUAACGGGUGUGUGGUUCGAGAGCUGGACCAGCAGGUCGCCUAUAAUACCGCCGCGGUUAUUCCAGACAAGAACAACGGGGAUUAUAUUCUUCAGCGUUUUCUUCCACUCGUUCUGCUUUUUCUGUGGUAUUUUGCCCUGCUCCUCUCCUCCGAGUGAGCCUGAGCCUAAUGAUCAUGCAGCGGCAUACUACCUUCCAUUAUAUUUCCAAAUUCUAGGUGCAUCGGCCACAAAAUCUGGUGUUUUAAUCAUCCCCUUCUCGCUGCUUUCUUCUGUAACUUCCGCGCUGGGCGGAUUCGUUGUGAGUUGGAUGGGCGACUAUCGACCCAUUAUGUGGUUUGGCUACGGCAUCAUGGCCGUAGGAUAUGGCCUGAUGAUAAUGCUUGACGAGCGCUCGUCGCUUGCGCUGCAAAUAGUAUACCCCACCAUCGCCGGGUUCGGCCUGGGCUUUCUCUUCCUCCCGCCCCUCAUCGGGAUGCAGGCGGCCAUGCCCGUCAAGGACAUGGCCACCAGCUCAACGACGUUUGGGCUGUUUCGGAUUCUCGGCUCGACGGUCGGAAUUUCGAUCGGCCAGACGGUCUGGUCGAGCGUAGCGCAAAAGGAGCUGAAGAAAAUAGAGGGCCUGAGCGUCGACUUUACCGGCGCAGCCCUGGCGGACAGCGUCAGGGCAAUCCAGCAUCUACAGGCAGGCAGCAGUGAUCGUUUUGAUUUCGGCCGGGUGCUGCGUGCCUACACCAAGGGCGUCUCCGCGAUCUGGAUAAUGGACACGCCUAUCGUGGUGGUUUGUUUCGUCGCGAUCUUCUUCCUCAAGAAAUACAGCCUCAAGCGCAAGGUGAUACGCGCUGGGAAGGAUGGGAAGCCGGAAGUCGAGAACGCGGUGGCAGACGUGGUCGCGACGGGUACUGUGACCACCGUUACCGCAGAGGGGAACAUCGACGAGAAAGAGGCGGCUGAUGAAGCUGAUGGAACGACGGUGGAGGCCAACAGUAAUGUUUCCCAGACACUCAAGUCAACCGAAAAACAGUAG